ACUCGAAAUUCAUUAAUCAUGCAAAUGUAAACAAGAUUAGUGCAAAGUUUUACUCACAUCGAAUAUUGUCUAUUUAUUGCAAAUUUUUAUAUUUUUCCCACAAGGAACCAUCUAUUUUAAACAAACAACACACCAAUAAUGUCACUUGAUAUUGAUGCCGAGGGAGACGACACUAGUGCAUACAGCGAAACAGUGAAGGCACUCUCAUCCGGUCUGAUGCAAAUUUACGAGCCAACGUUGAAUGAAGUUAAGGCAAAUUUAAGCGAGUUGCUAGAUAAACAAACAGAAAUGCAGAAAGCGAUUGAAACCGAGAAACGGGUUUUUUCUAGCGAGGAAGUACAACAAAUCAAUGAAAUGAUCAGCAAAGCAAAGUUUUACAAAGAAAAGGCCGUUAGAAUCAAAACUCAAAUGCACCAAGUGCAUCAGCGAGCGAAAAGUUUACGGGCCAAAGCACUGGACAUGCAGGAACUGAAAGUAAACCAGUGUGCGUCAAAACUGCAACAGCUGCAUUACGAGGAAUCUUUGGUGGCAACUAGUAAACGUACUCCCAACAAAAAGUCCUAGUCUUAGCAGAUGCCACCCAGUAAGCCUUUAAUGCAAUAUAUACCACCUUAUCUCAAAUAUUUACUGAGUAACAAUAACAAUCAAAUGUAUAGGUAUUCACCCUUAUUCUUGUCUACGACGAAAGUGUAUUCCUGUUUACGACAGCAAAAUCAAAUGGGCUUACUAUUCGUUCGAAUCGUUUUCGAACGAAUCUCGUAUUCGUCGUAAACAAGAAUAAGGCUGAUUAUCUGUUAAGCUACGUUUCUAGUUUAGUCUACUCGCCUGGGACAUCAUAAUUUCAUUUAUCACAGGGAUAUCAGAAUUCGUUUGAAAAAUCUGAAUUUUUCGAAGUGCUCCUCCGUUCAGAAAUAUUAGGGGUGUCUUUGGUACUAUGAAGAUUUUUAAUAUAAUUGUUUUAAGGUUUUAUUGAAUUCUCUUUUGAGGGUUACUGGUCAACUAAGAUCUAAAAAAUUGGCAAGAAACUAUCAAAUCUGAAAGUUUUCUGGGAGCUGGGACUAUUCUUUUGUGGCUAUCAACCCUGAAUCUUUUACUGUCGAAUGAUUCAAUCUAGGAAAGAUCAUUGUCGAGAAGAGUUUCAAACCCACGACCAGUAGCAACAAGAAGAGCCUAUCCCAUUUUAAACUUGAGUGCAAAUUAGUUAUUCGGUUGUCUCAAACUAUAAUUUAGGAUUGGUAGCAAUGUACACCAACAACAUUUUAACGAAAGUUCAAAAGAAUAGAUAAGGAAUGGUGGACUAUUGCUUUUUUUCUUGAGCAGAAGUCAAUAUAAUAGCUGUGCACGUUGUCGAAUUGACUGACCAUUUGAUAUAAACUGACUUACUUUGGGCCGUGUUUAUAAAUAUUUCUUUAAAGUUUAACGACAUUGUUCAUAAACAGCUCACAGUAAGUCAUUUUAAGCGGAACUUUUAUGCUAAUUUCGUUUUUGAAUUAGAACACCCGAAUUGCUAAGGCUAUUCUGAUCCAAAAACAAAAUCACUAGUAAGCUAAUUCGUCAGCCUGUACAGGCAAUCGAAACAUAUUUUUAUGUUGAAGAUUUCGAGCCGGUUAAAAUUUUGGAACCAGGCAAGUCGAAGAAAAUAGGUUACAUCAAACACAGACGCAAUCAAGCGAAAGAGGAAAGUUCAAGUAAUAGUUGAAGUUAAAUAUAUGAAACAGAAAUGAAUGGGAAUGAAAUAUUUGCUAAACAUGAGUCGCAUGAUUUUUUUUGAAGAUUACAAUAAUCAUUCUCUUGAAAUGAUUAAGUUUGUUUGUUAAUAUAAUUUGAAACAUCUUAGUAUUUCUUUCACAUUAAUUAGAACCGUUACGCAGCGUUGCACUCAU